AUGGAGCUCAGAUCCGGGCGUCGAGUCCGGCGCUCGCCGCCGCCACGCCGGGCUCGCUCCCGGCGUGGUCCCUCCGGAGGAGCUGAUGACCGCCUCAGCACCCUUCCUGACGACAUGCUCCUCCUGGUCCUCGCGCGCCUGCGCUGCGCUCGCAGCGCCGCGCGCACCGGCAUCCUCUCGCGCCGCUGGCGAGGCCUCUGGACAUGCCUCCCCGAUCUCACCUUCCGGGACGUCGCGCCUAUCAAGAUCGAGGCCGUGCUCGCCCGGUUGGCUUCUUCACCUACGGUGCCCGCCACCCUCGACAUCGACAUCCAUCCGACCCACUGCGCCGACGGUGCUCGCUUGGCCUGCCUCCUCGACGCCGUCGUGAUGUUCUCGCCGCGGGAGCUCCGCAUCAGUUACCAAUUUGACAGCGACAUGGAAGCGGUGGACCUGCACCCGCCCUGCUUCCCGCGAGCUACGUCACUCGAGAUCCACUGGGGCGCCAAUAUCUGCUUCACACCGCUGCCGUCAGGCGAGUUCUCAGCGCUCGAGAGGCUGUCCCUCGGGGGCGCCAGCGUCAUCGGUAUUGACACCCUUAUCACCCGCUGCCCGUGCCUGCGCAUGCUCACAGUCAUCAUGCCUACAUCUGGCAUCAAGGUCCACUCGGUGUCACUGCAGACACUUGAUGUCUUUAGUGACGAAGAGGUAUGUAUCAGUAGCAUCGACAUUGUGACACCCAAGCUUAAGCAGUUGGAAUUGAUAUUCGACACCGACACGGACCUCAGCGUGUCCAUCUCGGCGCCAAUGGUGGAGGAGGUCAUGUGGAGCCGCGGUUUUACAGAGACGACUCUUCUGUUUGGUUUUUGGCUUCUCGGGCACAUGGCCUUAAUGCCAGCAUACCGCUUUGGUGACGGUUACUACUGGCGAGAGGAAGACACGCGUUCGGUGCAUGUCCUCUAUUUGGUGAUAUCGUCCACUGAUCAAUUGGAGUUUGAUCUAGACAUGGCACACGAGGUGGAGUUUGCGCAGGAGAUGAAGAAGCUUCCAGUAAUCAACUUCUCUGUGCUCAAGCUAUUAAUUGAAACGCAUGGGCAUGUUUUCGGAGCACUUGUACAGCGUCUCCUAGGAUUGGAUCAGAUUUGUGCCGUUAUGAAAAGGCUUCUUGUUACAGCAAGUUCCAUCUUGGGGAGACGAGCAUGCCAGGAAGAUUGUCCUUGUGACGAGCCAAAGAAUUGGAGAUGCCAAAGUCUCUCGUUGACCCGUCUUGAAGAAGUGCACAUCGUCGGCUUCACUGGAGAAGAUCAUGGACAUGAUUUCUUAAAAAUGAUAUUCAGAUCGUCACCAAUGCUUAACAGAGUGACUCUGCAACUGGCAUAUAACUUUGGAGGUUGCACCAAGAAAAUCUACAACACUUUCUUGGCGUAUCCUGAUGUGAAGGGCUAUGUCUAUUUCAACUCCGGUGAACUGGUUCCACCACCAUCUGAUUAG